CCUGGAAGAGCACACGCCUUGCGAUGCUGAAGGUGAUCGCUAUUGGAUUCGCGGCUCUCACUGCCGCCACUGUGCGUGCAUCCGUCACUCUCAACAACACCGAUUGCACCUGGGACUCCAUUACCUGCUUACCGACGGCACUAUGCGAAUCCACCGGUGACAGUUUUCAACCAUGCCGUGUCAAGGACAACGUAGAUUACUACCCCCAGCAACUUCACCUUGCGUACGCCGGUAAGAAUGCUGGAACAGCUAUGACAGUGUCGUGGUCCACGUACGCCAAGAUCGACGACAGCUCCGUUUGGGUCGGACGUUCCGAAGACGCCCUAGAGCUGGUUGACACUACUGUGACACAAACCAGUUACUAUCAUGAUGCUACCUACAACAUGUUCCACCACCAUGCAAUGGUCUCCGGUCUCACACCGCAUACUAAAUACUACUACAAGGUGGGAAGCAAGGCCAACGCGCAGUACACCAGCGACGUACAUUCGUUCUUGACCGCUCGUGGUGCGUCGGAUGACAGCACGUUCAACAUGGUGAUCUACGGAGACUUUGGGGCUGGCAACGAGUUAAAGGACACGCUUGCCUAUGUGAACACGUUGAACGCGGAUAACGUGGACCUGAUGUAUCACAUCGGUGACAUUGGUUACGCUGAUGACGCAUGGCUGAUGCCCGACCAAUUCGACGGAUUCUUUUACGAGAAGGUCUACAACGGAUGGAUGAACUCGAUGGCCCCAGUAAUGAGCUCAGUUCCGUAUAUGGUAUUGGUUGGAAACCACGAGUACGAGUGCCACUCACCUGCCUGUGCUGCAUCAGCUGAGCGGAUGAACAUGCUCCGUAAUUUCACGGCUUACAAUACUCGAUUCCACAUGCCGUCGAAGGAAGUUGGUGGAACUCUUAACAUGUGGUAUUCCUUCGAGCACGGGCCGAUCCACUUCACUUCGAUCUCUUCUGAGACGGACUACAAGGGUGAGCCUAGCAAUGAAUUCGCUGACCCACCUCGCAAUGGUAACUUCGGAGACCAAUUGGCAUGGGUCGAGGCUGAUCUCAAGAGAGCUGAUGCGAACCGAGCCAAUGUGCCUUGGCUCAUUGUCGGUAUGCACCGUCCGCUCUACGAUGUGUCCGGCUGUCCGAACGGAGUGCCGGCAGACAAAAACGCUAACAUUCAGGCUGCGUUUGAGGACCUUCUCAUCAAAUACAAGGUGGAUGUGGUGCUGACGGGUCAUCAGCAUUAUUACGAACGGCAAACUCCUAUUCGUAACAGCACUGCAGUGCUGGAUGGAGUCUCGAGUGACUUCACACGCUACGACAACCCCCAGGCGCCGGUUUACAUUGUGAGUGGUGCUUGUGGAACGGUUGAGGGUCUUGACAUGGCCCCCGAUCCAAAUAACGUGACGUGGAAUGCAGCCUCAAACUACAUCGACUACGGGUUUUCAACUCUGGAAGCAAAUCGAUCGAUGCUUUCGUGGAAGUUCUUGAACAGCUCGAACCAGGCUGUACUUGAUGAAUUUGUCAUGUGGAAGACAUCUCCGUCGACGGAAGGUUGCAGUGACGUCGGUCAACACUAA